AUGGCGAUCCGUGCCUUGUCAAAAAGGGUGCUAGAUUGGAGAGAAACGUUUAAUCAUCUGGCAAGCUGGUUGGAAGAUGCGCUUCAGCAUGCGAAUCCCAACAUGACAAUCGUGCUAAUCGGAAACAAGUCCGAUCUUUCUCACCGGAGAGCCUCUUCUGGCAUCAAGCUCGGCUACGGGCUGGCACAAGGUCCAUCCGGUUCAAGAGACGGAGCCGUCGCUCAAAAUGGUGGUGGUUGUGGUUAG